GUACGAGUUACUUACUUAUUUGGUUACCUGUUGACCGGAAAUCCCGCCAACCAAUGGAAAUAAACAGUGGGUUUUUAUUGCAGGUGAGCUGAUGUCAAAAAGGCAUUUUUGAAGAUGACAAGCGUCACUGCAUGGAAUAGCACAGACGGACUCCCCAAACAAUUCAUUUCGUCGUUAAAAGUGUUGUUUGAUAUCUUAGACGAAGGAAAAUGUGGUUACGUGAAGUUUUCUGAUAUAGAAGCCAGGUGGCAUGAAGAAGGGGUACGGGGGCUUCCGAGUGGAGUGACAGAGGCCCUGAGGAAAGUCACCCCUACCAAUGGAUAUCUCAGUUUCGAUCGAUUUGUUGCAGGUCUUAAAUUAGCGUUGUUGACAAGCCAAAAAUUGCCAAACGAUUUAAGAGAUGACAAAGAAAACAGUCACCCUGCCAAACCUGCAAAUCCCAAACCAAGGAGUAGACCUGUUGCUGCACCAAGAGAUGCUGUAUUGACAAAGUCCUCUGCAAACCAUGCUUUGAACAGAAUAUCAUCAAGUGCCUCAAACACAGCAGCAGUACGGCCAAAUAAUGCUAUAUCUGGUUACAAUAGAGAACGAAAUAUUAAUGAUCCAAAUUCCCACAAAAAACUAGAACAUGAAAAACAAAGAGAAAAUAAAUCCAAUUAUGCUCCAAAUCAGUUACCUCCAAAGAGGCCCAUCCCUCCUCCAAGACCCCAGAGGCCUUCCUAUUCCUCUACAAUCAGUGAUGGACAGAUUCCUCCAAAGGUUCCACCAAGAGAUAAAAGCAAGAACAUCAUCACAGAGCUUAAAAAUUGGCAAAGAAGAAUGAACCAUCAAACUGGUGAUCAGAAUCAGAGUGCAAAGAGCCUACAGUCUACGAAGAGUGACUCCAACUUGUUAGACAGAAAUGUGGAUAGAGGAAGACAGAAUGAUAUUUAUGGUCAUUUAUAUCAUCAGCAUUAUCAUCAUGAAAACAUAGAGCAGGUACGUUUGAUGAGACAAGAAGCCCUUCCCUCCACAUCCACACCUACCUCACCGCCUCAACAGAGGCAGGUCACAGUGAAGCGUCGAGACUCUGCCAGAAGACACACUCUGGCCAACGGCGUGGAUUACAACAUGAUUAAGAGGAUGAAGCAACUAGAACAGGAGAAGGACAGCCUGCUGAAGGGUCUGGAGAUGGUGGACCAGGCCCGUGAGUGGUACCACCGACAGGUGCUGGGGGUGGAGGACAAACAGAAGUACAUAGGACACACCUCAUACAAUGACUACAAUUUAGAAGCUAACCAGGAGAGGAUGAAUUUUCAAAAUGCCAGGAUAAUGGAAGUCAACCAACAACUGAAGACCCUGAUAGAAAGCUCGGAGAGAGGGUUUCCAUUGCAUAUGAAUUUAGCUGUAGGACCUUCUACAACUCAGAGAGUUGAUACAAAAUCCAUCCAAAUCCUACAGGAAAACCAAAAACAUCUAAAAAAGGAACUCCAUGAGAAGGUAGAUAAAAUUUCCCAGCUAGAGAAAGAAAAAGCCUCACUUAUAAGAGAACUGUUUGAGGCACGGGCUAAGGGGAAAGGCUACGAUGACACAACCUUCAUGUAGCUAUAAAAACAAUGUUCACAAGUGCCAGUCACCAAAUGUAAUUGAGUACCAUGCACUUUACACAGUGAUUUCAUAGGAAUUUGUUUUUAAUACAGUUUACCACUGAAAUACACCUGAGAAAUUCCAAAAACUAUUCAUUUUGGUUGCUUUUCAAUGAAACUCAAGUCUGACAGAAUCAAAAUUAUUUUCAGCAUGAUUCAAAUUUUUGUAAUAUAAUACAUAUACAAUAGAAUCAAGCACCCCAUUUAGUAUCGUACAUUUUGAGAUAGAUUUUCUUGUCUGUGCUUUUCGAUGUUCAUAUUUUUAAGAAUAAUUAAUUUGACUUUCUUUAUUGAAAAUUUAACAGCAUUCAAAUUGACUUUAGUAUGCCCUAUCAUAUUAGUCAUUCCUAUUAGAUUAACAUGAUGUAUCAUUAUUGCAUCCGUUGUUGCUCAGUUAGAAUACAGUGUACAAGUAAAUUCAGUGUCCUAGAAGCAUUAUUUUAAACCCAUGGUCAGUCUCGCAUGCACUUUCAGGACUACCUUUGGGACUUUGUCAAUAAUUAAGAGUUAUUUACCCUCACACCACUUGCUUGUGGUAAGGAUAUCAAAAGAUUUUUAAAAACACUAUUUACCAAUGGUAAAUUACCAUAGAAUUUGUGUGUUCAAUAGAGUAUAGCAUUAUUAGCAUUUAUGACCAUACAGUCAAACUUUGUUAUCAUGAACCAGAUCGGCCUGUUCAAAAGCUUUAAGAUAUCUGAGUACGGUAUUUGAGAUAUCGAGGGUAAAUUACUUAAAAAGUAAGUGGAUGGGACUUACAAAUCAUUUCAACAUAUCCAUUGGAUUGAAGAUAUUAGUGUUCGAGAUAUCGAAGUUUAACUGUAUUUGGUAGAACUAAGAUAAUGAUAUUGUUAUAUAGAGUAAUAGUACCGUGGUAAUCAAUAUUUUACAAUGUCAUUCAGAGCUCAGUAUUAUUUACAAGUAUAUGUGUAUUUCGGUCAAGGAGUAUAAAAUGUCUGAUAUUAGUAUGAAGAAAUAUAUCUUCAAUUUACUUAUUCAAAAGAUAUGUACCAUAGUGUGUUCACAGAAAAUGUUUAACCAGUAGGUAUAAGAAAUCAAAUUAUACAGUGCAAAGAUAUUUAUGUAUUUAUCUCACAUUCCAGUUUUUAUUGUUUUUUGGUUUUGGGGCUGUUUUUAUGCAUUAUUGAACAGGGUCUUAAACUUUCAUCAGCUAAGGAAACUGUGCUUCACCAUACAAGUUUCAUUAAAAGUUAAACCCAUAACUAAUGAAAGGUACGAUAUUGUAGUGAAUUUCUAUGCCUCUUGUGAUAAUUAUUUGACAGGUAAAAAUAGCUACAUUUAAUUAGUUUAUGUUGAGGUGUUAUGAUCUUGCUCUAUCCCCCUUGUGGACCAUUUUUUCUGUGUACAGAAAGUAAGGGUUCUUGGUACUCUCUGAAGUUCCUUUUGAUUAGGUGUGCCUAAAGUUGUCCAAAUAGUUAACAUGUAGAAUUCAACAUUCAAGCCUAAACGUUAAACUGAGAAUUAACUCCAAAUUCAAAAUUUACACAUGUACAUAGAAUUCCAGUUUUGAGUAUAAGUGUGAUUUUUGGAUCAUUUAGUUUGAGUGCAAAGUCCAUGUAGGGAUCAGAUCAAAACAGUAAAAUUCAUGUACAUGGCUAACAUCGUUGAUUUUUGUUUGAGACCCAUGCAUUUAUUAACCUGUUUAUUGUUUAUAUAAAUUUACAGAGGUUUUUUUUUUAUUCAAUAUUAAAAAAAAUUAUAUGAUCUCAUUCAUUUGUAUACUUUGUACAUUCCAAAGCAUUUUUUAAAUAUUAUUUUUAUUAUUCUAAGAAAAAAAAUAUUUGUGACCAGUGAUAUAUUAUCAAUAUUAAAACUGA